UAACUUAGGGCUCUGUCCACCAUUUUAUAACUCAACCCCUAUAUUUCCUUUUAAUUCAUUAUUGACCCCAUGGUAGUUUGAUUAUCUCCGCAACACUCUCACUCUUUUUGCUAAAUCGCUUGAAUCCAAUGGAGGAAUCCUUCACGAAUCUCCCCACCAGCCACUUUGUUGGCUCUGUCCCGGCUGUUGUUAGUGAAGAAAAGAAAGCCACUAACAAUGAAGUUCCUGGUGCAAAUUUGCAAAUAUUUCCGCCCAAUAAUGCUGGAAGUGGGGGUCAGGGAUACCAACCUAUAGGCAGCACCAGCGAUGGAGGUGGACAACCAGCAACAAACAACUGGACAGGAGUAUUCAGCAUCUCUUCAUACACACAAUAUUUUAAUGUAGAUACAGACAUUGUGUUAAACAGACUGAUAAGUUCUUUGUAUCCUACGACGGGAGAUUUUGUCAACAAGAUUGAUGCAAACCCAGACCUUUAUGGGCUUGUCUGGAUCUCUACAACAUUGGUGUUUGCGAUUGCCUCUCUUGGAAAUUGUGCCACCUACUUAAUGCACAGACGAAGCGACCACAGUACUUCAUGGACUUUUGAUGUCAACUACUUAAAUGUGGCAGCGGGCUCCAUUUAUGGUUAUGCACUCAUAGUUCCAUUGGGAUAUUACUUUGUGCUUCAGUACUUGGGUUCAAGCGUCAGCCUCAUACGCUUUUGGUGCUUGUGGGGAUAUUCCCUUUUCAUUUUUAUCCUGACUUCUUUUCUGUUGGUUAUUCCAGUUGAGUUUCUACGGUGGACUAUCAUAUUAAUUGCUGGAGCUGCAUCAGCCAGCUUUGUCGGUUUGAACCUCAGAUCUUAUAUACAAAGUAAUGACCUCACAAUUGUGGCUAUCUCGGCAUUUGUGCUGCAAAUGGGUUUGUCAAUCUUCAUCAAGAUGUGGUUCUUUGCUUAGCUUGAUAUGGUACAUGGAAAGGUGCUGUGGUUUUGCUUUUGAAUAUAAAACUGGAGUCACCAACCUGGUUGAUGUUUUGUGUUGAAGGCUUUUUCUACCAUUUAGCUCAUAGUUGUUUGCUGGGUGUUAAUUGUAAGGAGUGCUGAAUGUUCUCAAAUAUCGUAACGGUGGGAACUCUGUAAGGAUGCUGAAUCUGAUUAACAAGAACGUACAGAUAUUACUUGUGUAACAUUUUUGUAAUAUGUAUAACACUAAGAAAUUUUAAAGUUUGCUAUGUUAUGUUUGGAUGGAGAGAUUGAGCUACUGAUUUGAAGUAACUCCAAUGUUAGGUGGA